UAUCAGCAUUCAGCAGUUUGUUGCAAAAUAAAAUCGCAUUUCUCUCCUAAAUUUUGAUGAAAUUUUCUCAUGCAAAUAUGAUUACGCUUUUAUGAAUAUUUGAAGCAUUUUAUGCUAUUUUCACUCUAAAAUAUACAAUCAGAAGUGUUCCACGACUGAAACUGUUGAAACGGUUAUGACAACAAACAAUAAUUUGCUAAGUGAUAUGCCUACAUUUCAACCAAUGGAGAACAAUGUAGUAAAAGUAGAACCAAAUACAAUAUUCACGCAGAAUGUUCCGAUUCAAGUGAAUUCAAAUGCAGUGUCGGAUUCAUCUUCACAAAUUGCAGAACCACCGACGACAGAAAAUGCGAUUCCUUCAACGGUUCCCAGCACAAGUGCAACAAGUAUGAGCUUACAUUCUAUAUUGAUGAAUAACACGACACCUACAUCUGCUGUAUCUUCUCCAGCUAGUCAUAAUACACCUAUUGUUACAAGUCAUACUCCAAAAGUACAGCCGACUGUGAAUCAAGCUGCUGCUGCUGCUCCAGUUAAUCAUGAUCAGAUUUUAACGAAAACGCGAUUACAAGACUUGGUAAAAGAAAUCGACCCUUGCGAACAAUUGGAUGAAGAAGUAGAAGAUUUACUUCUUCAGUUAGUUGACGAUUUUGUCAAUAGUACUGUAAAUACAGCUUGUGUGUUUGCGAAACAUCGCAAUUCAAAUACCGUUGAAGUGAAAGAUGUGCAAUUAUAUUUAGAAAAAAUGUACAACAUGUGGAUACCUGGAUUUGGUGCCGAAGAAGUAAAACCGUACAAGAAGCCCCCUAUCACCGAAGCUCAUAAACAGAGAUUAGCCUUGAUAAGAAAAUCAUUGAAAAAAUAUUAAUUCAAAAAUCACCGUGUUGGUAUUGUGCCACCGACUACGAAAAUAUUGUUUUUACGAGCGCAUUCCGAUAGAGCUUGUGAAGUUGCACCAUCCGGUAUCGAUUCAGCAUAUUUCGGAAAAAACUCUGUUAUGUAAAAUGUUGUUUACUAUCUCCAUUAUUUUAGUAGAAUUUUUAGUUCUGUACGAUACCUAUUUUCUUUCUUUUUUUUUCAAAUAAAGUUUGUUAUUUUUGUACAAUUA